GUGUGUGUGUGUGUAAGAUGGCGUCUCCGCUGUGGUGUCGGGUCUCGAGGCUGGCUCGGGGUGUGUGUGUGACUCCGCGGACUGUGGUGUGUGAGGCCCCGGGUGCUGUGAGGACUCAGUGCCGCACCGCCGUGUGCAGCUCCACCGGGGCCGUCCUGCCCAAACCCCGCAAGACGGCGUUCGGUAUGUUCCGCAUCACUGUGGUCGUGAUCCCCUUCCUGUACAUCGGCACUCUGAUCAGUAAGAACUUUGCAGCUCUGCUGGAGGAGCACGACAUCUUCGUCCCUGAGGAUGACGAUGAUGAUGAUUAAACACACACACGCACACCCAGGUGUGUAAGCUUGCGGUACAAUUCCUGCACGUUGGACGUCGGGCAACAUUUCAGAUAUCAAGGCUCUCCUGGUUCAUCUCAAUCCAACACUGGAGUGUGAAUGUGUGAGUGUGUGUGAGAAUGUGUUUAAAGAGCUGUGUGUGUGUGUAUGUGUGAAAUGUGAACAGCUCUUCCUGUCUGCAUGCACUGUAUAAAUAAUAAUAAUAAUAAUAAUAAAG